AUGAGAUCCGUUCCUGAUAGACGGCAGUUCCAAAGACUGGACCACCGUUUUAGUGAAGCCUCACUAUCAGACGCCAGCAACAACCACCGCCAUGCUGGUCGACCACGGACGCAUUGGAGGACGGAAGAGCAAGUGAUUGCACUUGCAAGAACUUAUCCGUUCAUGGGAUUCCGUGGCAUUGCACGACGCGUAAAUAUUUCACAUAUGACGGUACAUCGUGUAAUCCGUGAAGAAGGCUUGAGACCAUAUCGUAUCCAGAAGGUCCAAGCGUUAAGGGAAUCGGAUUAUCAACAGAGGACAAACUUUUGUCAGUGGAUGUUGAGGAAAGUGGAGAAUAACGAGGAUUUUUUUAAAAACAUUAUAUUUACGGAUGAAAGUAGUUUCUCCAACACCAACAUCAAAAAUCGGCAAAACACCAGGAUCUGGGCAGAAAGAAAUCCGCAUGUUAUGCAACAGCAUUUUAACCAAGGCCGGUUUUCAGUAAAUGUGUGA